AUGGGAUCAGGAAAACAAGGAAGCUCAGAAAGUUCAAGCGACGAAAAUAAUAAGGAUCAACAAGAAGAACAAGUCAAAGAAACUACUAUAAGUAGCUCUAAACGGUCUUAUGAGUGUACUUUUUGCAGGAGAGGAUUCACUAACGCACAAGCUCUGGGAGGGCAUAUGAACAUACAUAGAAAAGAUCGAGCCAAGACGAAGCAAGUCUCAGGUUCUAAUUCAAUUUCAAGCAAAAUAAAUGAAGAAGACAUAAACCCUAAUCAUGUCAGAUCGAUUUCAAGUGAACCCAUCAACCAUUGUCCUGUUAUAGAGGCACAGAAAAAUUAUCAUCCUAUGUAUUUUCAGGCUUCUAGAGGUUCGUCUUCUAUCCCUAUGGACGCACAUGGUUAUUAUCAUGCAAGUGAUUUUCUUGUUUCUAAAAAUCAGUCUUUAAGCCUGAAUGAUGAACAACUUUGGGGUGCAAAUUUGAGCUUGCAAAUUGGUUCUAAUAAUUUAGAAGAGAAUAAUGAAACUAUCAGUAAAGAAGUUUCAAAAGAAGAUGAAGUGGAUUUGGAGCUUCGACUUGGUCAUGAUCACUGGUCUGAUAGCUAG